AUGAGACUUUCAUGUAGUAUCUGUUUGGAGAAAGUGACAGAAGACUCGGAGUUGGUUUCGUUGACAGUGUGUGGACAUGUAUUUGAUGCAGAAUGCAAGUGUCCCUUAUGCAAUCGAACCACCUCCAGCAGCCGUCCCGCUUACAAGCGUGUUUAUUUCUCUGCAUUUGAUGGUGAUGAUGAGGGCAAGGAUGCCUUGAUGGCUGCCAAAGAAGAAUUGAAGGUUGCUAAAGAUGCUCUGGAUACAUUGAAUGAAGACUACGAUGGGUUGGCACUCAAGUGGACAGUGGCAAUAGACGAAUCAAACGCAAUCAACCGUGAAAAGACGCAAUUGGAAAAGGACAUCGCCCUAAAGGACGUGCAAAUUAACAAACUGACUCACAACUGGCAAGCAUCCAAGGCACGCAACAAGGACGACAUUGAUAAAAUGAACUUGGAACUCAUUGCCAAACAAAAGUCUAUCAACUCGUUGAUCAAAAACUUGGAUAAAUCCAACAGGCGUAUCAAAUUAUUGAAGGAGGAGCUGGAUGCUCUCAAGCCCCAUGGUAUCCAAGACAAUGUUGCUCCUCCCAAGUCAAGAUAUCGAGACCAAAACUUCAAGGCCAAAUACCAUGAUUUGAACAAGGAGCAUAAAGCAUUGAAAGACAAAAUGGGCCAGCUUGAGAAGAAAUUCAUUGACCUGACGCUCGCGCCGCCUGAGCCACCCUCAUCCAUCUUACCAUCUAAUACAAAGGCUCUUCAAUCACGAAUUCAACUGUUGGAGAAGCAGCUUCAAGCAGAAAUGACCACGGGAGACAAGCUUCUCAAAAAAGUCAUUCAAUUCAAGCAAUUAAAUCAAGAUGCAGUCAAAGAAAAGGAAGAAUUGCAAGUGAAAUUGGCUGACGCUAAAGCCACGAUUGCUUCAUUAGAGCAUGGCAUCGAGAAGGUGGGCAAGUAA